UUUGUUAUUUGUGGGCUAGUCCGACAUUAAAUGCAAGAUCAUGGCCGAAUGUUCAUAUGCCCGUUGCAUACAGGAGCGCCGCUUAAUUAAGCGUGAACUAAUGAAACAUUCCAAGGAUAUGUUACAUAUUGUUGGCUUAGAACGGGUCGCUGAGGAGUUAAUGGGGCGCAGGAAAUGGAAGCAAUAUCAAGAUACAUUAAUGCGAACCCACUUAAAUUCCGACCAAUUUGUCGCAACAAUCGAAGACAACAAUAUCGAACUGAAGAAAGAGCUGGAUAAGCUUGAGGAGGAUAUAGAGACACUUGAUAUUCACAAAACAUCCACAGUAAAAAAUAAUAAUAACAACAAUAACAACAACAAUUCUAACCUCGAAGAUAACCACCGCAAAGAAAUCAAUCAACAACAACCACAACAACAGCAACCACAGAUUAAUAAACAUCACACUAGCAUUAAACAGGAAGAAAAGGAUAAUACUGAUAUAAAAUUAGAAUCACAAGGAAAUAAUUUAGAUACAGCAGCAUCACAAACCCAAGGUGUAGAGAUUUCUAAAACUUCAUCACAUAACAAUAACAACAACAACAACAUCACAAAUCCAAAACCAACAAAUACAGAAAGUGCUGAAACAUCACCAUCAUCACCGCCACCACCAGAACCCAUCGAUUGGAAACCGAAUGAUAAGUGUUAUUUCUGUAUUAACGGCAAAUUACUCACACUGAACUCCAAAGGUGAACUAGUGGCCGAAUCUGGCCCAACUGGGUCCGAAACGGACCACAUAAAGAGACUUGAUUGUGACAGCGAUUCGAAUGAGUCUUCUAAAUUGUCCACAGUCAAUACGAACGGUAACGCAGCAUUAAUGACUGGCGCAAAUUCUUUGACCGGUAGUAAUCGCCUGACCCUUAGCAAAUUACUAACACAAAAAAUGACAUCAAUGGAUUCGGUGGCAGCCCAGUUUGCAGCCAUUCAAAAUAUGUUACCAAGUAAGUAGAAAAAUAAUAAAUUUCAACAAACAUCUCAAACAGAUUCGGUUACACCAACUACCUCAGAUACAUCAGCCGCCGCUAUUAGUCCUUCACUAAAGGAUUCACCCAGUCCCAGUGAUGCCACCGGUGAACAACCUUUAGAUUUAAGUUCCAAACCGUCUCCAAAUUCAUCAAUUAGUGGGGAUUUGAAGAGCGUUAGGUAAGUCCA